AGACAUUUUGCCAAAACAACGUGUGAUUUCACUAAAACAUGAAAUAAAUCGCUCAUUCAGCUAAUUUGGAUCUAAAAUGCCGCCCAAGAAACAACCCAAUCAACCAAGUAAAAAGACAGAGCAAAAGAAAAAAGAGAAAGUUAUCGAGGAUAAAACUUUUGGUCUGAAAAAUAAAAAAGGUGCCAAACAACAGAAAUAUGUUGAGACUGUUAAAAAGCAGAUUCAACAUGGCAAUGUUAAAGCAUCGAAGGUAAGGAACCAUACAUUAAAGGGAUUCAAUAAAACUAAAUUACAGAAAGAAAAAGAAUUAGAAGAACUUAGUGCAUUAUUUAAACCUGUAAAACAAAAUGUCAGCAAAGGUACUGAUCCCAAGUCUGUGCUUUGUCAGUUUUUUCGACAAGGCCAGUGUACUAAAGGAGACAAAUGUAAAUUUUCUCAUGAUUUAGCUAUUGGUCGUAAAGCUGAAAAACGUGAUUUAUAUACAGACACUCGAGAUGAUGCACCUGGCGGACCAGAUAGAACUGCACUGGUGUGUAAACAUUUCUUGGAUGCUGUAGAAAGCGGUGGUUAUGGAUGGUUUUGGGCGUGUCCUAAUGGAGGUGAUAAAUGUACAUACAGACAUGCUCUACCUGAAGGUUACGUGCUUAAAAAAGAUCAGAAAAAAGAAGAUAAAGAAGAUGAAAUCUCUAUAGAAGAACUGAUUGAAAAAGAGAGAGCUAUGUUAGGUGAUGAUACAACCAAAGUUACUUUAGAGUCAUUUCUUAAGUGGAAAGAAAGAAAGAGAAGAGAAAAGAGAGAAGCCAGAGAAAAGGAUGAGAAGGAAAAGAAGAAUGCUUACAAACAGGGCAAAUUAUCAGGGAUUAGUGGAAGACAGAUGUUUGAGUUUGAUCCGACUAUGGGUGGUGAUGAUGAAGAUGCUGAUGAUCAGGUUGAAAGAGAAUUAGAUGAAGAGGAUGUAUAUGAUGGUCCUGUGGUGGAUGUAUGUUUAGAAAAUAUUAAAGCUACUGAUGUCGACUCUUCUGGUACUCAAGCUUCAAAAGAUAGGUUAAAGGCAAAUUCAGAGCACAAUAAAUUGGACCAGGCAGCCGCUUUACCACCUUCGAAUAACACAGCAAGUGAUAAAGAAAUAGCAAUGGCACUAGCUGCUAGUGAAAACGGUGAAUUAACAAGUGAUAUUCCUAUUGACGAAGGACUUUUUGAUGGGGAUGAUAUAGAUUUAAUAGACGAAGAUUUAGAAAAUCUGGAACUUGAAGAUGAUUGAUGUUUGAUUUCAACAUUAAAUUAUGUUUACAAAAGACUCAAUUAUUUGGUCAGACUCGUAUUUCUCAAAAUGUCUGCAGAAGUGGGAUUAGGAUUAUUAUCCUCAAAAAUACAAUCAUUUUUGAAUUUAAGGUAUUUUGAAAAAUACUGAGUCUGAAUGGUGCUUGAAAAAUUCCUGGAAUGAAUGAAUUCUUUAAAAAAAAUUCUUUUAAAGUUAUAUUACCUCUUAGAAUGACCAAAAAAUUGAAAUUUUUAAACUUGGUUAAAAUGUGUCUUUGUGCAUCAGUGGGCUUACCUGGUGUCAUAACAAUAUAACAGAAUCUCUCUAUAAUCAAAUAAAUCCACACAACUAAGCAAUAAUUCAUUAAAACUAAGUAAACUACUUAGAAACGUGAUUCAAUAAUCAUUUAUUUAAUGGAUAUAUCGUCUUAUAUAGAGAUUCUAUUCUUUAGUCAUGAUACCUGGUAAGUCUAACUGAUGAAUAUAUACUCUUAUUGACCAAGUUUGAGACUUUAAAUUGUAUGUCCAUUCUAAGAGGUAGUGUUCCUUUAAGUGUUCAAGUGUUUUCCUUCUUCAAAAAUUAGAAAUUUAUACACCUUAUUCAUGCGUCGGCCAUAACACAUAAAGGUAGUUUGGUGUCACUGCACUAAAAUGACCACCUUGACCUCCUUCUCCAAUACCUUUAACUCAAAACUAAUCAUAUUUUAAAUCAUUAAAAUCAGAAUUGAU